ACAGACAGUGCUUCCAUUCCACCGCCAAUCGCUAUAUUAUCCUGGCUGUGCCGGCCGUGUCUCUCUUUCUUCACCCCCUCUCGCUCCUGCACUUCUAUCUGACCCCUCUUCCUGAGUGUGGUAUUCCUUCGCUACUGGAGCCCUUAGUUGCGUGCUUCUUGGAAACCGACCGGAGCUCGAGAAUUUCCUACACUUUGCGAGUAGCUUUCUCGCCAUUAUCACACCGACACCCUCCCAACUCCGGAUCACCAUCAUGCCCUCCUCUCAGGCUGUUUCCGGCGACCUCGCCAUCAAGCCCGAGUUCGUUGAUCAGAAGUCGCCCAUGGCCUCGACCAGCGAGCCCAACCGCAACCCAAAGUACGACCCGAAGAAGCCUCACAUCACCGACACGCCUAUAACAAAGGCGAAUUGGUACAAGCACGUCAACUGGCUGAACGUCGUAUUCAUCAUUGGCAUUCCCCUCGCUGGCUGCAUUGCCGCGUUCUGGACUCCUCUCAAGUGGCAGACUGCCCUUUGGGCCGUCAUCUACUACUUCUGGACCGGUCUCGGUAUCACAGCUGGUUACCAUCGUCUUUGGGCGCACAAGUCCUACAACGCUUCGCUCCCUCUGUCCGUCUUCCUCGCCCUCGUUGGCGGCGGCGCUGUUGAAGGCUCCAUCCGCUGGUGGAGCCGUGACCACCGCGCUCACCACCGCUACACCGACACCAACAAGGACCCCUACUCCGUUCGCAAGGGUCUUCUGUAUUCUCACCUUGGCUGGAUGGUCAUGAAGCAGAACCCCAAGCGCAUCGGCCGCACCGACAUCACCGACCUGAACGAGGACCCUGUUGUCGUAUGGCAACACAAGCACUACAUCAAGGUCGUCGUCUUCAUGGGUCUGAUCUUCCCCUCCGCCGUCGCCGGUCUUUUCUGGAACGACUGGAAGGGUGGAUUCAUCUACGCUGGCAUCCUCCGCAUCUUCUUCGUCCAGCAGGCUACCUUCUGCGUCAACUCCCUUGCCCACUGGCUCGGUGACCAGCCUUUCGACGACCGUAACUCUCCCCGUGACCACGUCAUUACUGCUCUUGUCACCCUUGGCGAGGGCUACCACAAUUUUCACCACGAGUUCCCCUCCGACUACCGCAACGCUAUUGAGUGGCACCAGUACGACCCCACCAAGUGGUCCAUCUGGAUGUGGUCCAAGCUUGGCCUUGCCUCCAACCUGAAGCAGUUCCGCGCCAACGAGAUCGAGAAGGGUCGUGUCCAGCAGCUGCAGAAGAAGAUUGACCAGAAGCGCGCCAAGCUCGACUGGGGUGUUCCUCUUGAGCAGCUUCCUGUCAUUGAAUGGGACGACUACGUCGAGCAGGCCAAGAACGGCCGUGGUCUCAUUGCUGUCGCCGGUGUUGUCCACGACGUCACCGACUUUAUCAACGAGCAUCCUGGUGGUAAGACCCUCAUUAAGAGCGGUAUUGGCAAGGAUGCUACGGCCAUGUUCAACGGUGGUGUCUACUUCCACUCCAACGGCGCCCACAACCUCCUCUCCACAAUGCGCGUUGGUGUUAUCCGUGGCGGUUGCGAGGUUGAGAUCUGGAAGCGAGCCCAGAUGGAGAACAAGGAGGGCUUCAUCGCCAAGGACGCCGCUGGCAACCCCAUCGUCCGCGCUGGCGACCAGGUUACCAGGGUUGCUCAGCCCGCUGUCAGCGCGAGCGCAGCAUGAACGAGUGUGUAUAUCAAUUUGAGCGAAGCGAUAUCCGGAGUUGGGUUUGUAUUUUGAAUCAUCGGGCAUAGUAAUUUCUCUUUCCCAGCGUUCGCUUGAGCAUCACAGGUGUGAUUGCUUAGAUAUCUAGACGGAGUAUGACUACAGCCUCUUCAUGAGUGCAAUGGCUCAAAAGCCUAUCGACAUUGACUGAGUAAAAUAUUAUCAUGACACAAUCUUUUUACACAUUUCUUAGUGCC